AUGGUGUUACACACGCCAAUGAAGCAGCCCGUGAAUCCAGAUGAAGUGAAGUCGCUGAUUCAUCAGCGGGGACAGGUCAAGGGAAAAGUGACGAGAAUUAAGAGUGCCCUUGACGAAGCCAAGAAGAACCCGCAGAGGAUUACCAAGGCGACGCUGAAGGUGUACGAGAAGAAGCUGGAAGCGCACUACCAGGAGUACGUGUUGCGCCAUCGUGAAGUGAUCGAAGCGGUUGACAAGAAGGAGGAACAAGAUGAUGUGCUCGACGUGUUUGACCAGCUUCACACCGAAACGCUGGUGCUGGUCGAAGAGCUGAUGGAGAUGUUCAACCAGCCGGUCGCUGGACCGGCCCCCUUCCAAGUCGGUGCCAACGGAGUGGCGCCUCAAGUGAUCGUGCAACAGCAACCUCUUCGAGCACCGAUACCGACCUUCGACGGACAGACGGAGAACUGGCCAAAGUUCAAGGCCAUGUUCGAGGACCUCGUCGGUCGCACCCGCGAUUCCGACGCCAUGAAGCUGCAUCACCUCGACAAAGCUCUGGUCGGUGAUGCAGCUGGGUUGAUCACCGCAAAGAUGAUUCAAGACAACAACUACGAGCAAGUUUGGAGGGAGAUCAGCGAGCAGUUCGAGAACCAACGUGUCAUCGUGGAUACGCACAUCGAUGGAUUGUUGCAGCUCAAGCCAAUCACCAAGGGAAACCACAAGGACUUGCAGGCGCUCACCAAAGCCUGUGAUCGCCACGUCGCCGGAUUGCAGUACCAAGGACUCGUCGUCGACAGGCUGUCAGGACUUAUCAUUAACAAGCUAGUGGUAGGGUGCUUAGAUGAUAGUACUAGACAGCAGUGGGAAAGGACGCAGAAACAAGCUCAAAGCUCUGAAUCUCCCAACCUUCCCACGUCCACUACACUGAGUCAGAACCUGCAGCAGCAAACCCCUCUCAACUCUUCAUGUUCAUCCAACCAUUCCCAGAGUUUGAAAACUGUGAUGUUGCUGACGGCUCUUGUCCUGAUCGAGAAUGAUGGAGAUCCCGUUCCUUGCCGUGCGCUUCUUGAUAGUGGUUCGCAAGUGAACUUUCUCUCCGAGCGGAUUGCCGACAAGUUGAAGGCCCCUCGUGAGUCGCUGUACGUUCCGAUCGCUGGUGUAGGUGGGUCAAAGAUGUAUGCUAGGGAGAAAGUCAGGGUUACCGUUCGUUCGAGAUACUCGGCCUUCGCCGCCAGUAUCGCAUGUCUGGUGGUUCCAAAGGUGACUGGAAUCAUCCCCGGAUCGAAGAUUGAUGUUUCCUCCUGGCCGAUCCCAGUGGGAAUCCAACUUGCGGAUCCAGAGUUCAAUGUUCCCGAGAGAAUUGAUAUGUUGAUUGGUGCCUCCAUGUUUUUCAGCCUGCUUAAGUCAGGACAGCUGCACCUGGCAGACGGUCUGCCAGAGUUGCGCGAAACUCAUUUCGGCUGGGUAUUUUCCGGCGAAAUCGAGAAUUCUGUGAACCAUUCACACAUCGCGAACAACGCUUCGUUGGAUGUGCUGAAUCAAACGAUUUCCAAGUUUUGGGAGGUCGAGGAUCUUGCCGAUCCAACGCCCCCACCCUCUGAUGUUGAUGAAUGUGAGAAGUUGUUCGUGGAAACGCAUCGUCGUUUACCGUCAGGUCGAUUUGUUGUUAGAUUACCGUUUCGUGAAGAUGUUUCAGGGUUGCCAGACAACCGUUCGCUCGCUCUUCGUCGGUUCCUGCUGUUGGAGCGCCGUCUCAACAGAGAACCAAGUCUGAAGCAGCAGUAUGCUAAGUUCAUUGAUGAGUAUGAAACCCUUGGUCAUUGUCGUGAGGUUGAUGAGUCCAAGGAUGUAGACCAGCAUCGGUAUUACAUGCCCCACCACGCCGUCCUGAGGCCGACGAGCUCGACCACGAAACUGCGAGUAGUGUUCGACGCGUCGGCCAAGCAAGGUUCUACGGCGAAGUCGCUCAACGAGGUUCUCCACGUUGGAAAGUCGGUCCAAAGUGAUUUGUUCAGUAUCCUCCUCAGAUUUCGUAAAAACCCCAUUGCAUUCACUGCCGAUAUUAAAAAAAUGUAUCGGCAAGUGCUUAUCGACUCGUCUCAGACGAGGUUCCAGAGAAUUCUGUGGAGGAGUGACUCUUCAAAGCCGAUUCGCGUUCUGGAGUUACAGACGGUAACUUACGGUACAGCAGCUGCCCCGUUCCUCUCGACCAGAUGUCUUGUUCAGUUGUGUCAGGAUGAAAGAGAGAAGUUUCCGCUAGCAGCUGAGGUGGUUCGUGAUGAUUGUUAUGUCGAUGAUAUCCUUUCCGGUGCUAGUUCCGCUGACGAAGCUGUAGUCGUCCAGCGGCAGAUUCGAAAGAUGCUUGAGUCUGGAGGUUUUCGUGUCCACAAAUGGAGCUCGAAUUGCCAGGAAGUGUUGAGAAGUGUUCCCGAAUCUGAUCGCGAGAAACUUGUGUGCCUCGAUCAAGGAAACGAGGUCGUCAAGGCACUGGGUCUGACAUGGUGUCCCCAGUCUGACGAAUUUAUGUUCGUGGUGCGUCUUCCAAAAGAUGUCACCGAAUUCACCAAGCGAAGUAUUUUCUCUGAAAUCGGCAGGUUGUUUGAUCCCAUCGGAUUUCUAUCCCCCGUGAUUGUUGUUGCGAAGCUUUACAUGCAGAAGUUGUGGUUGAUUGAGUUGCCAUGGGACGCUAAGGUCGAAGGAGAUCUUCUGGCGUCGUGGUUGUGUUUCCGUAGAGCCCUCCCCAAGGUUAGUGAAAUUCGGAUUCCACGCUAUGUUAUCAGCCCGUCGACUGUCGCGAUUGAGCUUCAUGGAUUUUCCGACGCUUCCGUUGUUGCUUACGGUGCAAACAUUUACGUCCGGUGCAUCUUGUCCGACGGUAGAGCUCAACUUCGCCUCCUCUGCAGCAAAUCCAGAGUUUGUUCGCCCAAGAAAGAUCUCAACAUUCACCGCAAAGAGUUGAUGGCGUGUGAACUGUUGGCUCGCAUGAUGGUUAGAGUUCUCGAGACUGUCAAGUUCAAGGUAAGCCAAGUCGUACUCUGGACUGACAGUCAGGUGGUCCUCGCAUGGCUUAAGAAGUCAUUGGCGAAGCUCGAUGUGUUCGUCCGGAACAGAGUUGCCAAGAUUCUUGAGCUCACCGCAGGAUUUAUUUGGAAAUAUGUCAGGUCAAAGGACAACCCCGCUGAUAUUCUUUCCAGAGGCAUGUUUCCCGAGGCUCUAAUGUCGAAGUCCGAGUUCUGGGAAGGCCCAUUCUUUCUGAGAAUCGAAGUUUACGAUGAGGAAAUCCCCCCAGAAGUUCCCGAUGAUGAACUCCCCGAGUUGAAGCUUGGUCCGAUCAUUGCAACCCCUGUGUUCAAUGAAGACCAGCUUCCGGUGUUUACCAAGUUCAGUUCGUUCAGAAAGUUGCAGCGUGUGAUGGCAUACGUGCAGCGUUUCAUCCAAAAUUGUCGUCAGAAAGAUCCGUCUUGUCGAGUGUUCAUGAUUCACCUAACGAUUCCUGAGUUGCGCGCUUCGCUGGAACUGAUCGUAAAGAUAACCCAGCAUGAGGCACUCAGUGACGAAAUUCACCGUGUUCAAAAUGACGAACCGUGCAAGAAGAUUGCAGGUUUGCACCCGUUCUACCAGGACGGUGUCUUGAGAUACAUGCAGCGAUUGCGCGAUGAGUUUUGGAGAAAGUGGCAUCGCGAUUAUUUGCAAACCCUUCAACCCCGCGGUAAGAAUCGAGUCAAGUCCGCCAACAUCAAACCAGGUAUGAUUGUGUUGCUAGAAGAAAAAGAUGCACCCGUGCAGGUUUGGAAGUUGGGAAAAAUCACAAAAACCUUCCCCGGGAAAGAUGAUUUGGUGCGUACGGUAGAAGUGCAGAUCGGUACAGUAGUGUACAAGCGGGCGACCCAUAAGAUUGCUGUUCUGCCAAUCAUUGAUAAUGCAAAUUUGGUUAAGGUCACAGAGAUUCCAUCUCUGCCCGGCGGGAGUAUGUUGGCGCCAACGCCAAAGUAG